AUGAUUGGCUGUGGCGCUUGUGAACCCGAAGUAAAGAUGGCGGGCGGGCAGGCAGCCGCCGCACUGCCCACUUGGAAGAUGGCGGCGCGCCGCAGCCUCAGCGCCCGCGGCCGGGGGGUCCUGCAGGCAGCGGCGGGCCGGCUGCUGCCGCUGCUACUGCUGAGCUGCUGCUGCGGCGCGGGCGGCUGCGCAGCAGCGGGCGAGAACGAGGAGACGGUGAUCAUCGGGUUGCGGCUGGAGGACACGAACGACGUGUCGUUCAUGGAAGGGGGGGCGCUGCGGGUGAGCGAGCGGACCCGGGUCAAGCUGCGGGUGUACGGGCAGAACAUCAACAACGAGACGUGGUCCCGCAUCGCCUUCACGGAGCAUGAGCGACGGCGCCACAGCCCGGGCGAGCGCGGGCUAGGGGGCCCCGCGCCGCCAGAGCCGGACAGCGGCCCCCAGCGCUGCGGCAUCCGCACCUCAGAUAUCAUCAUCUUGCCCCACAUCAUUCUCAACCGCCGUACAUCGGGCAUCAUUGAGAUCGAGAUCAAACCGCUGCGCAAGAUGGAGAAGAGCAAGUCCUAUUACCUGUGCACAUCGCUCUCUACACCAGCCCUGGGCGCCGGCGGCCCGGGGUCCGCGGGUGGCGCCGUCGGGGGCAAGGGCGGCUCCGGGGUGGCCGGGCUCCCGCCGCCCCCGUGGGCCGAGACCACCUGGAUUUAUCACGACGGCGAGGACACCAAGAUGAUUGUGGGCGAGGAGAAGAAGUUCCUGCUGCCCUUCUGGCUGCAGGUGAUCUUCAUUUCGCUGCUUCUGUGCCUGUCGGGCAUGUUCAGCGGCCUCAACCUGGGGCUGAUGGCCCUGGACCCGAUGGAGCUGCGCAUCGUGCAGAACUGCGGCACGGAGAAGGAGAAGAAUUAUGCCAAGCGCAUCGAGCCCGUGCGCAGGCAGGGAAACUACCUGCUGUGCUCGCUGCUGCUGGGCAACGUGCUGGUCAACACCACGCUCACCAUCCUGCUCGACGACAUCGCCGGCUCAGGCCUCGUGGCGGUGGUGGUCUCCACCAUCGGCAUCGUCAUCUUCGGGGAAAUCGUGCCCCAGGCUAUCUGCUCCCGGCACGGCCUGGCUGUAGGGGCCAACACCAUCUUCCUCACCAAGUUUUUCAUGAUGAUGACCUUCCCCGCUUCUUACCCGGUUAGCAAGCUGCUGGACUGCGUCCUGGGCCAGGAGAUAGGCACUGUCUAUAACCGGGAAAAACUGCUGGAGAUGCUCCGGGUCACCGACCCCUACAACGACCUCGUUAAGGAGGAGCUGAACAUCAUCCAAGGGGCGCUGGAGCUCCGCACCAAGACAGUGGAGGACGUGAUGACUCCGCUCCGGGACUGCUUCAUGAUCACCGGCGAAGCCAUUCUGGACUUCAACACCAUGUCGGAGAUCAUGGAGAGCGGCUACACCCGUAUUCCGGUAUUUGAGGGGGAGCGCUCCAACAUCGUGGACCUCCUCUUUGUCAAAGACUUGGCCUUCGUGGAUCCAGAUGACUGUACUCCCCUGAAAACCAUCACUAAAUUUUAUAACCACCCCUUGCACUUUGUUUUCAAUGACACCAAGUUGGACGCUAUGCUGGAAGAAUUUAAGAAAGGUAAAUCUCACCUGGCUAUCGUGCAGCGAGUGAACAAUGAGGGAGAAGGGGACCCAUUUUAUGAAGUUCUGGGAAUCGUCACAUUAGAAGACGUGAUUGAGGAAAUCAUCAAAUCUGAGAUUCUAGAUGAAACAGAUUUAUACACUGAUAACAGAACGAAAAAGAAAGUGGCCCAUCGGGAAAGAAAGCAAGACUUUUCUGCCUUUAAACAGACAGACAGCGAGAUGAAGGUGAAAAUAUCACCCCAGCUUCUCCUGGCCAUGCACCGUUUCCUAGCAACAGAAGUAGAAGCAUUUAGCCCAUCCCAGAUGUCAGAGAAGAUCCUUCUAAGGCUGCUAAAGCACCCCAAUGUCAUCCAGGAACUGAAGUAUGAUGAGAAGAACAAGAAAGCCCCAGAAUACUACCUCUACCAGCGAAACAAACCUGUAGACUACUUCGUUCUCAUUUUGCAGGGGAAAGUGGAAGUAGAAGCUGGGAAGGAAGGCAUGAAAUUCGAAGCCAGUGCUUUCUCCUACUACGGCGUGAUGGCUCUCACGGCCUCUCCAGUUCCUUUGUCCCUGUCUCGUACCUUUGUUGUCAGCAGAACAGAGUUGUUAGCAGCAGGUUCUCCAGGUGAAAACAAGUCACCUCCUCGCCCCUGUGGCUUGAACCACUCAGACUCUCUGAGCCGAAGUGACCGGAUUGACGCGGUGACACCAACACUGGGGAGCAGCAAUAACCAGCUCAACUCUUCGUUCCUUCAAGUCUACAUCCCUGACUACUCAGUGCGAGCCCUUUCUGACCUUCAGUUUGUGAAGAUCUCAAGACAGCAAUACCAAAAUGCCUUGAUGGCAUCCCGGAUGGACAAAACUCCUCAGUCUUCAGACAGUGAAAACACUAAAAUUGAAUUGACUCUUACGGAGCUGCACGAUGGGUUGCCAGACGAGACUGCCAACCUGCUCAAUGAACAGAACUGUGUGACACACAACAAGGCCAACCACAGCCUGCACAGCGAAGGGGCCAUCUAGGGCGCCCCCCGCCGACCCUCACCCCCCACUCCCAAGGCCCCAGGCCAGCUGACCGUGAAUCCCAUUAGUGUGAGCUUGUGUGCCAUGCUGCAUCCUGCAACAUCCUGAGACCAAAGACUUUGUCCCCUUCCCGGAAGCAGCGGCAGAGGAUGGCGAGGGCAGGAGCAGAAACUAGAGGUGUGACAUCAGCAGCUAGGGCAUGGCAUUCGAGAUUUUGGAGAUGAACUUCUUCCACCCAAAUAGAAUCAUGUUUAUUUUUUCAGUUGUACCUUUUAUCUUUAUUCACUCUCCUCCUUCCUCAAUCUGCAUGAAGUUGAAAAUUGUUGCGGUUUAUUUUUAUUUUUAUUUUUCCAAGAGAUCAUGUUUUUAAACAGUGUCUUUUGCAGAGUUUUACGUUGUUUUGUGUGAACUCUGCCGUGACUCCAUGACGUGACCCGAACCGAAUGGACUCGCUCCUCCUCCCUCGGCCUGCGCGGCCCUCCUCGGGCGGGGCGCGCCUCCUCCGUGCCCAGCGGGUGUCGCUGUGGAACUUGAAGGAUGAAUGAAGAAAACUGCGGUUGCAGACCUGCCAGGUCUGUCCCACUGUGGGGCGGAGGCUGCGCGGGGCCUGCAGUCGCCUCCGUGAGCUCAGUGUUGUUUUAAGUUAAUGUUUAACCGUGUCCCUUUCCCUCAGAAAGGUUUAACAUUUGCUUGGAAUGUGAUUUUUUGCUCCUACUCUAAGGAAUUUUUAUCACCAAAAUGAAUGUUAAUGAAUUUGAAGCCCAUGGUUUAUCAUUGGCAAGAGGCAAGGUGACUUCAUGGCGCCAUUCCUCCAGCCUGGAUUCUCCGGCCCAGCCAGGCCGCCUCCCCAGCCCAGCGCCCCAGCCUCCAGAGCGCCGCCACCCGCCUCCCCGUCCUUGCUCUCGUUAACCCAGGAUGCUGCUACACAGAUGCCAAAUGGAAAUCUUCCAGAGGGCCUUUGAGUAACCGCGCGGUGUGGAGUCGAAGCUCCUCCCCUUCCCACCGCGAUGACGUUAAUUGUCCGGAAAGGAGCUGGGCUGCCCGCGGCGCGCUGGGCUCUGUGCCCAGAAGGCGUUGCCAGACCCAGGUGUUUAAAGGAGGGAACUCUGGGGACGACGGGCCCCCGCCCCUCCUCCUCCUCCUCCUCCCAGGGAGCCCCCUGUCCCUCUUCCCCUCUGUCCCUGGGCUCCUGGGGCCGAGCGGUGGCUGUGGUCCUCGCUCGAGGACCUCUGUGCCUCCCGCCUCAGAUGCGGCCCACGCCGGAGAGGCUGCCUGUCCAGCCCCGGGUCGGUUUGGCCCCAAACAGGGAUUCAGAAACCAAAUGUGUGUCGUGGCCGUUUCGUGUGUGUCUCCGCCUUACUUUAAUACCAAAUUCAUCACGUGCAGUGAAAUUAAUGUCAGGAGGUACUUCUUGAGGGACCGAGUUCUUACCGAUCUUAUCUGUUUUAAGUGUUAGCCCAAGGGAUAGCGCGUUCUGUCGGCGACGCUCGCGCGUCCGCGGUCACGCGUGGAGGAUUGCUACUCCACGCUGCCUCUAGUCGCUGGGUCUCCUGGUCGAAGGGAAGCCCCAGGCCAAGCGACAGUUUCCUUCUCCCUCCUCAAGGUAGGAACGUGUCCCUCAGCCUGGGCUCUGGGCCGAGGGGAGCUGUGGCUGGGGAGUCACCGGCAACAUGGAAAGCGGUUCGGUGGCUCCAGUGUCCCAGGCACGUUUACCACAGUAUUUCCUCCGGGGUGUCCCCGUCCUGGAGGGUCUUCCUCGUCAGGUGCCACGCCCCUUAGGGUCACAGGGGCGCCCCCUACGCUGCUGCUGGCACCCACCCUGCCGCGAGCCCCCGCAGCUCUGUAGCUUAAUGUUAGUGGGACCCCGGCCCACGAGUAUCCCCUUUUAUAAACAGAUCCGCCCAAGUUAAAAGGUCCCAGUUUCUAAGACGCAUCGAGCUGAGCACAAGCCCCGUGUGGCAUGGGAACUGGGACUGUCCCCAGUGUGCGCAGAGACGAGCGUUCCCCCUAAGGAAGCGAACCCUGGGUCUUGCAAGGGGACUGCCCUCCGCCCCCCGCCCCAACAAGCACACCGCUGCUCCGGGCCUGGACAGCGCUGGCCUUCCUGGUGGUUUGGUGGAGCCCGGCCUGCCACGCCGUGCCUCCUCGGACUUGCAGGAUCUCUGCCCCCCUCAGCCUCUCCCUGCCGAUCUGUUUGUCCACACGUGGCCUGUCUCAGGGUGCCUUGCUUCUGGAAGGAGCUUCUAGAAUCAGCGUUAAUGUGUUGGGUCUUUGUCAGAGCCCCGCCAUUCCUUUAUGAAGUCCUAAAGCUCUGUGAGAGGCGGGGAUUGCAGCUGCUGGCUCCUUGACUUCUCACCACGAUCAUACCUGCCACGCUACCUGCUCAGCGUGGCGGCUUUUAGGGACAUCCGUGGAGCAGUGCUGGCCGGGACGGCUUUGCCGUGCGGGCUCCUACUCCAAGAGGAUGAAAUUUUAGCCUCCCGAGAUUGUUUUCUCCACACCACUCUUUACCUUGGAUUAUUCAUAUUUUAUAACAACGGGGAAUCGAAAAUAAUUCCCAGCUGUAGUUACAUCUGCUUUGGGGAAAGCUCAAGACCCUUCGGAUCACACUCAUCGUCUUGAGUGGUCAGAUUCUUCUCCCAGGCCCUACUUUCCCUCUGGAAACUACCCGCAGGCUGUUGAAGGAGAAACACUGGCUCGUGGCUUCACCGGGCAGCACGAUGAUUCUGGCUUAGAAGUUCUAUGCAGUUAGAUGUCUAUGAAGGGGAGUCCGCGGAGAAAGACCCUCAAACGUUUGAGAUCUCUAUGUGCAGCGGCCGGGUCUUAGACCUGCACCGUGCCUAGAUCCUCCUCCCCUGGGGCUGCUGGCUUUGUGAGUGUGGCGGGGAGUGGGCUGUGGCACAGACCAGGUGCUGGGGUCUUGAAUGCUGCGGGAGCCCUCGUUGUCAGACCCCACGCCUGUCUGCGGUGGCUUCCAGCCCUGGCUCUGUGGGACCAGACAGGGCCGCCUCCUGCUUCUGGCCACUCUAGCGUCCCAGAGGUUCCACCUGAAACUGGAUCCCUAGUAGCCAGAUGUUCCCAGGACAGUCUGCUUUGUCUUUAUAAAUGAGAAGGUUUUGUUUUUUGGGUUUUGUUUUUUUUUUUCCUACUGCCCUACAGGUUCUUUCCCUUUAUUUCUCUCUGUUCUGUAUUCAUCAGGCGAGCCCAAAAUCAUAUAUUUAAACUUUUAGGAAAACAGACCGGUAAGAUGUGUAUGUACGGCGGACAUUGGGGUGCUAGUCAACUAGUUUAAGUCUUGGUUCUUAUAUGAUUUGCAUUUCAAAGGGCACACCACUUAACUCUGUUCUACCCUCCCUCCUCACUUCACUUAGGGAAGAGAUCGGUGCCCAUGCUGACAUGAUUGGCUUCCCCAUGUGGGAGGAAGUGGGGCACCUCGCCAUUUUCUAAUGUUAUUUUAAGGAACUUCUGUGCAAAGGUUGAAUGCAGAACUCCACAUGAAUAUGGAACAUUAACUGUGAAUAGAUCUACCUGUGCUCUCCCCAGUACCAUCUGACUAAAGGACCAGCUUUUCCAAGUCUAGGAAAAUAGUGGUAGACACAAGUAGAACUGCAUUACUAGGAAUGGAAGUAAUAGGAAUUUGGGCUAAGCAGGGACCAUGAACUUCUGCCCUCACAUUCUCUCAGGUUGAGGAGAAGACCCUGGCCGAUUGAGCCUUUGUCCUGGCUGGUCAGAAAUAAGAAGAAACCCCAACCCUCUCAUCUUCUGAAAAGCAGCCAGUAGCGAUCUGUAGCUCUCUUUGCCUGUCCUGGGCCAGGAUCCCAAGACUCCUCCAGGGUUCGCCAGGGGUGAUCCCCAGCGAAGAUCCCCAGCGAAAGACUCACCCAGGCUGGGGCAGGAAGGAUGCUUAACAAAGAAGUAGCUGCCAGGGAGGGUUGGCUUGGCACCCACCACAUGACCCAAGUUCUCCGAUGGCAUGAGCAACAGGAACAACUCCCCUAUCGCUUUUGACCCCAGAGACAAGUUUUUCUUGCAGGGGGGUGAUUGAGCUGGCAAUUCAGGGUGUGGAGGCUUCUGGGGCGCCAGUGCGGUAUCUGAGGACACAGUUUCUGGGUUGGGUUUGGUUCCACUCUAGGCUCUGGGCUAGUGGUGCUUCUGUGCAGCAAGGAAGGACCUUUGUGUGAGUUGUAGAUUGAUCCAGAGUUAGGAGGGAUUUAGAGAAUUAAGUAUGAAAGUGGUUUGGGGUGAUUCAGAAACUUUCUGAUGUAAAUUUAUCAAUGAGCAACCUACUCAGUGGAUUUUUAUAUCUCAGGGCCAUUUACAGAUCUUUAUCUUUUCAUAUUUCUUUUGUAUUCAAAUGGGCUGAUAAAGAGAGAUGAGUUCAGAGAACUCUAAGAUGAGGUUCAUUUGCCUCCAUUUGAGGGUGAGUGGUGCACCCUUGCCAAGCUUGCUGAGGUCACUGUCCCUCAAGGCUGUGGCAGUGGGCCUUUUUCCUCUAACACUUGCAUCCUUCCUGCAGUGAAUGCCUACUUGCUGGUUUUCCUUCUGCCCUGUGUGAAGGGUCCAGAGUCCCUGGUCAGCCCGAGGGACGGAAGGAGGUGAUGGCAGUUCACAGCAACUGCAGAACUUGGAGCAGCUUCCCUCCCGCCAUCUUGGCCUGGGGACUGUCUUGGCUUCUUAGCCCUUUGCGGUUGGCUCAGCACAAGUAAGCUUUCUGUGUGUGCCAGAGCCACUGACCUCCUUUCACUAGAAUUGUUGUAAAUAUCUUUUGAUGGGAAAUACCAGGCUGUACUUGAAGCGACAUAGAAACAAAGGUUCUAGUAGCAAGAGAGUCAAGUUCUAGGAAUUUGUAUACCAAGGUUUUUAUGUACACAGCUCCAACACGUACUAGGAGAAAGACUUGAGUUAGUAUAUGUGUCUUUGAGUUUGAAUACCCACUUAAUGUUGAGUUUAAACAUGAACUGGAAAAAUGGCUUGCCUCUCCUGGCAGGGUAUCUUCUGGCAUUUGCCCACAUCUGACCAACACGGAUUCAUCUGGGAAGGGAUUCCUUUGGGGCCAGAUUCUUGUUCAGGUUCACCUUGGAGAGAAUUAUUACAUAGACCUGGUGGGACUUGGGUGCCUUCCCUUUUUGUUGGAAGCCCAGGCCCCUUGGUAUACAUAGCUGGUCUCAGGCUCCCACAGCAGAAGGGAAGGAAUAAGGCCUCAGGACUUUUAUUCCCCAGAGAGCCCCAGCCUACCUUCUGAUUCGUUAGUCCCCGUGUCUGAAGUCUGCUGUGAAGGUGGAGUGUAUCAGUCCAUUAACUUCUCUUAUUUCUGGAGUCUUUUAAAUCUACAAAUGUAUAUGCUUUAUUUUAUAUUAUUAUUUAUUAUGUACAUAUGCCUCUACUGUUAGUACAUUGUGACUAAGAUGAGAUAUUUUCUAGAGCCCCUCAUCCGUGGAGCCUAGGGUUCUCUGGUCCCUUAAAUAAGUGCCUGAGAAGGCAGUGGUUUUCUUUUUUUGUCAUAAAGAGGUUGCUGCUCUUACGUCGACCCUAGCAUCCCUGCCCCCCCUUCUUUUUGGGGCCCACCACUAUUCCUGAUGGGCUAGUGUUUGGGAUGAGGAGGGAGGCUGGUCUCCUGUGUUAUGGCAGGGCUCUCAAGUACCUCCGUGAAAUACUUUAGAGGUUGUUUCCUGGUGAUGGGGUCUAACUGCUGUGAUGAGACCAGAGCCUUCUUCCUCAUUCCCACCCUCCCAGGCCAGGUUGGCAAACUGACCCCACAACAGCGAUGGCCUCUAAAUUCCCACCUUGGAUUGCAGAAUCCAUCUCUCUGUACCAUGGAAGCUGCCUCCCCAUCUGGGCUUCUAAUAGGCCUUUUCAUGGUUUUGAGGCCCAAUGCCCACAUUGCGUUGGCCCUGAAAUAAGACCCUGCUUUGUGUCUGAUUUUCAUCCUCUUCGGCCUUGACUGUGUCAUAGUGUACAAUUUCAUGCUUCGCAGCAGUGAAGUUUUCCGAACACAGUGUUCAGAGCUGUGUACAUAAACCUAAAGAAGCACAGAUGACAUGUACAGGUUUCCUGAGCUGAUUGUCAUAAUGAAUGCAUUUUAUAAUUCAAACGAUGUUGUAGAUUUACAGUCUCUCCUAUUUAUUUUGUACCAAUUUAUUUGUAAAUUUUGUGAUUGUUUUAAAAGGUUUUUGUUCAUUUCUAUUAUUCUAUUUAGAUAAAGGAUGAUUUUCUGUUCACCCUUCCGGCGGAUGUUGUGUUCCCUUCCCCCUCCAUCUAUACGCCACCGCCCUCGGUGCCCUUGCCCAGUAGCACGGCUGUCCCGGUGAGAAUGCUGGUCUUGUCUGUCAGUAUGGCAACACAACAGGGCAUUUCUCUGGCCACACACCACAGUCUUCUGUGACCAGAGAGGGAUGCUAGCACCGGGCCUCCACCUCUGCCAUGGAGUCUGGUACCACCAGUUCCAGGGGGGUGUUCUCCUUGGCAAGGAGGAUGGUCCCGUCGGAGCAUUUUAGUUAAGGACCCUGAGGGCAUCCACUCAAAUUGUCCCACACUUGCCACUCAGUCCCUAACAGCACACAGGUGAGCUGGGCAAACGUCCAAGCUGUUUUUUCCUAGGCAAGACCAGAGGCCUCGUGCAAGGCUCUCCGCUGGCUCUUGAAGAGAUCGGCUCCGGAGGUCCUCUGCUCUGCGAAGCUUAGGAGAAACGUGUGGUGGCGGCACAGGUGGUUCACUCUCAAGUCAAAAACAUCGGGCCUGAGCGUUGGUGAGUCGUGUCCAGAUGCUCUUGAGGCUGCAGCGGGCAUCCCCCUUCCCUGAGAACCCAGUGUUGGGGCCCCCGUCCUCUUCUAUCACCACUGCCUUCGAGAGUCUUCUGGGUUCCUUCUUACCUGCAUCACUCAGGUGCUGCCAGACCCUGCAGAUCUUCUGGUGGAGCUUCCCAGCCCCUGGGCGAUUUAUCUCCAGAUCACGUCUUUCUGGAAUCCUUUUUCCCUCCACUCUGUCUCUAUUUUAAAUUCACAGAGGCUCGUGCUCUUAGGGACUGGUCCCUUAUGAUCCCCACGGUUAAACCAUGGUUUAACCAUGAUACACUUGCCUGUGGAUGGAGACAGCUCAGUGAAGAACUGCUGGCGAGACUGGCUUUGAGACACACCGCCCUCCCCAGUCGUUACCCCGCGUUUCUUCAAAGUAGAAUGGGGUAGAUCUAUAUUCCAGUGAAGUGUUACCUUCUUGGGAGCCUGUCUGCUUUCCUUAGAAGCAGAGAAGAAAACAGCAAGCAGGGCCAGGGAAGGAAUUCUCUGUCCAACACAUCAAGUCCCAGCUAGCUAUUUUGUUGUUUUUCCUGCCUUACUCACUUUGUCUAGAUGAGUCCUGAGUUCAAAUCAGGAAAUUCCCCAAGAAAAGUAGAGGUGAUUUUUCCUGCUGCGAUUUUCCUAAGCUUUGUCUCUGUAUCCGUGGGGUGCCCAUGUGUCCGUUUGUCAUGAAGCUUUAUCAUGAAGAAAAGCUCUGGGGUUCCUAUUUUAUACAACAAACUGUGCUCCCAGCACUUCCUGUAGACUCAGCACUUCUGAGGACACAAAAUGACCGGCCAGAGGAUCUUGUAGAAAAAAAUGACUGGGACGAACUGAAUGACCUUUUCAUAACCUGGAGUUGAAUCCUGAAAACUUUUUAUACUUUAGGAAAGUAAUACAAAUUAAUAGCAAUAAUUCUUUAGUAGAGCCAAAGACAUUGAAUUAGAUGGCUAAUAAGCUCCUGGGGUUUUUUUGUAAAGCUGUUUCAUCCUUUUCCCUCCAAGAUCCUCACAUCUGCGCUCAGACUGUCACAUCCCAAAACAAAGGAAUGGUUUAUGGGGCCCUUUCUCUGACAUUCUAGUGGCAUGCCAUCUCCCCCAGUGGGGGACUCUAAGGCCUAAGGAUACAAGGAGGAAGUUGUGGGAGUUCUUCGUCAGAGUGCUUUUCCUGCUGGGAGAGUCGGGAUUGUGAAGUGCUCAAACAGUAGGCCAACGCAGGACGGGAAUGUUUAGACUGAGCCAGCUUCCUUACUACAGUUCUGCUACAUCAUUGACUUGAG